AUGAGUCAACCCAUUAUAGUAGAGGCAGACGCCUUAAAUUAUUGUUUAGGUGGAGUCCUAAAACAAAAAAGGGAAAGUAAGGAAAUAACAAUCAGAUGCUGUUCUAGAGAUUUGAAUAAGCACGAAUUGAAUUACUCCACGAUUAAAAAGAAAACGCUGGCGAUAAUAUUUGCAACAAAAAAGGUUAAAAAUUACUUACAUAAAGAGUUUAUAAUAAAGACAGAUAACAAACUAUUGGUGUGUUAUAUAAAGUUAAAGAUCCACAGGGACGAAUUGCGGGGUGGAUCAUGUAUUUGA